AUGUCUCCAACGAAGCAAUCACGUACAGUGCAAGCAUCUGGUCAGUCCUUGCCUCCAGUACCGUUCAAGCUUACGCUCUACCCACCCUCGCUACGACCCGACCAGGAACAAGAAGAAGAAGAAAUUCUGAUUGAAUUAUCAACCGAUGAAGAACUAGAUCAGGAAGAAAGAUACCCCGAUGAAGCAACACGUGAUAUUGAGCAACUCAUUGAAGAGUCUUCAGACAAGGAGCUAUUCCGUGCGAAGCUCAAGCGAUUGGAAAGGGAUAGUCUACGUCGAUUCGAGAAUAAAUGGACUGGUAUAAUUUCUAAAUACCUGAAUAUAAAUGAUGAACAAGAGAGUGAUGAGAUUGACUUGGUGACAGGAGAAAUAGUCACUAACAAUGGGCAUUUGCAUCGGCUAAGAAGCGGUGCCAACUUCAGCAACAUCAGUUCCGGUAAGGGUGCCAGACGGCUUACGACUUUUAAGUUGUGGAGAGAACCCAAUGGUCAACACGAUCAAAGUGGAGUGAGAACACUUGACAAGGGAAACAGUAAAAGCCAGGAAAAGAACAUAAGGCGAAUGCGGAUUCCAUCGCCACUGAAGUCGGCUAGGGACAGUUUAACAAACGGAGAUUUUUUGCGUAAUGUCUCUCCGACGAAAGGACAAGUACCUACCCAGGUUGACAAGGACGAGUCACCAACAAAGAAGCGAAGAAUAUUUGUCCAACAAGAUACUGAAUCGUCUAGCUCCGAAUACAGUGAAGCAGAAUCUGAGACGUCUAGUGAUUACUCCAUUGGUGAUGCAAGUGAGGAUGAUGAACCAUAUGAAGAAAGUAGUGAUUCUGAUGGUAGUGAGGAGGCAAGCGGGAGACUGGUAGAUUUUCACAAUAACACUGAAAUGAGCCGGAGCUCAGAGCUGCUGAAAAGCAAGCAAUUUAAACCAUUGGGGUCAUCUAUAUCAAAAUCCCCAAAGUUAUCAUCUAAUGAAGGUCCACUAUCGCAAUCGACGCCAGAUCCAGAAUCGCCUUUAAAAGCUGCUGAAAGAGAGGAACACAAGCAAAAGCUACUGCCAGAGAAAACGGAAAUACACCGUUACACGAGUAAUAAGAGUUCGGACCUUAAUGUUGGCGAUGACUCUGUCCAGAACCUCAGCAAUUUAUUUCUUGAACAUUCACUGCCGAAACAUAAUAAGAUCCAUAGUCGGUACGUUUUCAACACGAAGGACGAUUCUGAAAACUCUCCAUUUCUUGAUGAGUCGCUUGCAAUGAACACCCCACAGAAGGACAAGACCAUGAAACUUAUUGAUGUGAAUGUGUCUCCAAUCAAGAGCCUUUCUACAACGCUUGCACUGCCGCCUCGUAGUGCAUCCUGCGAAUCUUUCGAAGAACAAAUCAACAUUGUCGAAGAGCCAUACUAUUUUAUGGGAGACGCCCCAUCGUCUUCUUCCUCCUCACUGAAACUUAUGGUAUUCAAAUGCUGUGUCACUGAUUGUUCAUUUUGCACAAUGAAUAAAAAAUUGUACGCCUCGCAUCUCAUCAAACAUCAUUCGAGUUUGCUUUAUCAAUUGGGAUACCCAACUGAAGCAGACUUGUCAGGUGGUCAAGAAACAGAGAACCAACUCACUGGUAUCAACAAAAAACGCCUAUUUCACGAGUUUCCAUUACGAUUCAAAUCUCCACUCCCUUUGCAUACGCAUGUUUGUGAUAGGAUUGUCAAUGGGGACAAAUGUCAAAUGUUUUACUUGUGCAAGGAAGAUCUAAUCAAGCAUAGAUCAAGCGGCAAGUGUAACUCUCAAUCUCAGAUUAUAUUUUGUCCCAUUUUAGGAUGUGGGUACAUGACUGAUGGCGGAUAUGAAGACUGGCGUGGUCAUUUAAUUAAUGCUGGUCAUUGUGAAAGUGAACCACAUGAAAACAGUAAGGCAAGUCACAAAGUUUCAGCAAUGGAUAAUGAAGCUGAUGGUAGUAUUGCCGAUGAUGUCACUCAAAUCGUGCAACAGAAAUCACAGAAUGAAAUUCUAACUGAAUUGAGGAGUAUAACCAAUACCAGCUUGAGCUUCAAUUCCCUUGGUGGUGUACUGAUUACAAAAACUGCACCCAAGAGCCAAAAUCCUAGCAAACACAGUCUGACAUUAAGCAAUCUCAGAGAUAUGGCCUCUCUCGCAAAGCCCUCCCCAGAGCAAGUUGAAACCGGCUAUGAAUCAAUUGAGGAACUCUUCAAAUGA